UUUCCAGCGGCGCGAGAUCAUGAUUCCACCUGGGGAUUGCAUGUACGCCAGCAGGAAGAGACGGAAGCCCGUUCAGAAACAGAAGCCGGCCGCGGCCAAUCAGAAGUCGAACCCCUCGAAGAGGCACCGCGACAGGCUGAACGCGGAGCUGGACCGUCUGGCCAGCCUCCUGCCCUUCCCCCCCGACGUCAUCUCCAAGCUGGACAAGCUGUCCGUGCUCCGGCUGAGCGUCAGCUACCUCCGCGUCAAGAGCUUCUUCCAGGGUGAGAGAGAGAAGGAGAGAGAUGCUGCUGACGUACCACCUUCAGAAACGGUACGAGUCACUUUCCCCUGCGCAGUCACUCUGGAAAGUGACCUCUUACUGGAGUCUCUGACGGGCUUUGCUCUGGUGGUGAGCACAGACGGGGGUAUCUUCUACGCUUCCUCCUCCAUCGUGGACUACCUGGGCUUCCACCAGACCGACGUGAUGCACCAGAACGUCUUUGAUUACAUCCAUGUGGACGACCGGCAGGAGUUCCAGCGACAGCUCCACUGGGCGAUGAACCCCGCCCAGCAGGAUGAUGUGUUGGUCAGCAGUCUGUUCAGCUCUCAGGAGACGGAUGGCGUUCCCCCGGAGCUUUCUCCAUUCCUCACACGCUGCUUCCUCUCCCGCGCUCGCUGCCUGCUCGACAGCACCUCUGGCUUCCUGACCAUGCAGUUCCAGGGGCGUCUGAAGUUCCUGCAGGGGCAGAGGAGGAGGACGCUCACGGGGGCCGUCCUGCCCCCUCAGCUGGCCCUCUUCUGUGUGGCCGUGCCCCUCCUGCUGCCCACCGCUGGCGAGGCGAAGAUGAAGGGCGUGAUGAUGAGGAGCAAGCUCAGGAACAGCGCCGCGUCUGCGCUGGAGCUCAGUGAGAAGAGGUAUCUGGGUUUGGGGCGGAUGGGGGAGGAGGGGGACGGUCUGCUCCUGGGUCCCAGCUCCGUGUCCCGGCAGCAGCUGUACCCGCCCCCCUGGACCCCCCGGGGCGGCGGCGACCAGUUCUACCCCCAGGAGGAGCCCCUGAACUUCUGCAAGUCCUCGGCCAACGGGCUGAGGGGCUCCGGCCAGGAGGUCCCGUGGGGGGGUCGGGGCGCUUCGGGGGGGCCGAGGCCGGCACACGGGGGGGUCCUGCAGAAGGGGGGUCCCUACGGUAAGCCGGGGGCGUACCGCGCGUCUCCCGGUUGCCACGGCGAUGGGAGCGACGUCUGCCUGGCCAAGCUGUACGCGGGAGACGCGGGGGGCGUGAAGCUGGAGAACGGGUACGGGGCGUGCUACGACCCCCGCCACGCCCCGUCCCACGCCGCCGUGAAGACGGAGCGCGACUCGGACUCGGAGAACGGCUGCGGGCUCUACGCCGGGGGGGCGUGGCCCCGGAAGGCCGGCCUGGAGCGGCGCUACGCCGCGGGCUACCCCGCCGACGGACCCCCGCCCAAAACCGAGGGGGGCUACUGCGAGCUCUACAGCCCCUGCCCCCGGGGCAAGCCCGGCCUCAGCCCCGCCUUCACCCAGAACCUGGGCCCGGGCCCCGCCCGGCCCCUCAAGUGCGUCCUGAACAGAGACCUGUCCGCGUUCGGGCCCCAGCGGGCCCCGCAGCCGGACCCCCUGUGCCCCGGGCAGGACCCCCACCUCUACGGCGACGGGACCCCCGAACCCAAGGGCUUCCUGCAGCAGGACUACAAGCUGACCUACGAGUUCAGGAGCCACGGCCUCACCCAGUCCAUCAAGCAGGAGCCUCUGGACUCGCCCGCCUGGAGCGACGGCGCCCAGGACAUUACCCACGUCCCCUCUCUGCGCGGCCUCAUGCCCUGUGUCAUGGGCGCCGUCGGCAACAAGCCUCUGCCCUACGGCUACAUGCAGUGA